AUGAAGUGUCCUUCAAGCCUGGCCCAUGGCGGAGUAUUACGCACCAGACCAGGCAGGCUCAAGUUUUCCCUUCAGUUACCCAGCGGACUGGCUGAAAUGACGUACCACCAAGCUCUUGAAACGGAGAUAGAACCAGCAAUGAAAAUAUCCCAUAUCAAAGCCGCCACAACUCCUCAGCACACCUUCAUUCAAACCUUCGUUCAGCUAGCACUUUUCGAGACUGUAAACCAACAUCCACUCGUAAUCUCCAAGGAAAAUACCCAGACCAUGCACUCAGUUUCCUUCCUGAGCAUUCUCUUGCUUUCCUCGGCAGCGACUGCGAUGCCAAACGGAUAUUCCUACACCAAUCAUCCCAGCGAAGCUUCGGAAUAUUAUUCAGUAAUCUAUGGGGGCACGCCUUACUACGGUAGCGGUACUUUUGACAACCAGCCUUCGACGUAUGAUAGCUACUGGGACCCGACACUGGCAUCGUCCUAUCCUCAUGGACGUGUAGUCGCUGCCUCAGGUGGGGCUUCAAAGACAGAUACAGCUCCGGUCAUCGGACGUGAUCAAGUUGGUGAUCCCGACGGCCGCCAGUCUUCUGCGGAAAUAGAGACCAGUGGAUCAGCAAAUCUCCUCAACUAA